GAAGAAGCCAUGCCUGUGUUAUCAGAAGAUUCAGGUUUGCAUGAGACCCUGGCCCUCCUGACGUCGCAGCUGAGGCCUGACUCCAAUCACAAGGAAGAAAUGGUGUUCUUGAAGGACAUCUUCAGCGAGAGAAGUCUUAGCUAUUUAAUGAAGAUUCAUGAAAAGCUGUGCCAUUAUGAAAGGCAGAGUCCGGUCCCUGUUCUGCACAGUGCAUCGGCUCUAGCUGAAGAUGUGAUAGAAGAAUUGCAGACGGCGCCCAUGAAUAACGAUGAAAAGGAGCUGCUUCAGCUGCUGUCCACACCACAUCUCAGGGCGAUGCUUGUUGUACACGACACGGUUGCCCAGAAGAAUUUUGACCCUGUCCUUCCUCCUUUGCCGGACAACUUUGAUGAAGAUUUUGAUGAGGAAUCGGUGAAAAUAGUUCGUCUGGUGAAGAAUAAAGAGCCCUUGGGUGCAACCAUUCGGCGGGAUGAGCACACCGGUGCUGUCAUUGUGGCACGGAUCAUGAGGGGCGGGGCCGCAGAUCGCAGUGGUCUUGUGCACGUAGGCGAUGAGCUGCGUGAAGUGAAUGGCGUUGUUGUACUUCACAAAAGGCCCGAGGAAAUCAGCCAGAUUUUGGCUCAGUCCCAGGGAUCGAUAAUGCUGAAAAUAAUUCCAGCCAUCAAGGAAGAAGAUCGCCUGAAGGAAAGCAAGGUGUUCAUGAGAGCCCUUUUCUCCUACAACCCCAAAGAGGAUAAAGCCAUCCCUUGCCAGGAAGCUGGGCUGCCAUUUCAGAGAAGACACAUCUUGGAGGUGGUGAGCCAGGAUGACCCGACCUGGUGGCAGGCGAAGCGUGUGGGGGACACCAACCUUCGGGCUGGGCUGAUCCCCUCGAAGCAGUUCCAGGAAAGGCGCCUGAUGUACAGGAGGACCAUCGGCAUGCUGCACAACACGAGAAGCUUAACAAAGCCGCUCUACGAUCAGUCUUCCGAGAAAGAAGACUGUGAUUGCGAGGGAUACUUCAAUGGACAGUAUAUAGCCGGCUUGCGGCGGAGCUUCCGGCUGAGCCGAAAGGAGAAGCAAAGCAGCCAGCCUGAAACCAGGCAAGCGGAACCCACUCAGACCUCUGAACUUCUCACAUACGAGGAAGUCACCAAAUACCAGCAGCAGCCGGGCGACAGGAAGAGACUGGUGGUUUUGAUCGGUUCUUUGGGGUCCCGAUUAAACGAACUCAAGCAGAAGGUGGUGUCAGAGAACCCACAGGAAUAUGGGGUCGCCGUGCCACAUACCACAAGGUCCAAGAAGAGUCACGAAAAGGAGGGGGUGGAGUACAACUUUGUUUCCAAGCAGUCAUUUGAGUCCGACGUGCAACAUAACAAGUUUGUAGAGCAUGGAGAGUAUAAGGAGAAUCUCUACGGGACAAGCUUGGAGGCCAUACAGUCGGUCAUGUCCAAGAACAAAGCGUGCCUUGUGGAUGUCGUGCCUGAGGCCGUGGUGCACUUGCGGACGCCGGAGUUCAAGCCCUACGUUGUCUUUGUGAAGCCUCUUAUUUUGGAAAAGAAAAAGACUGUCCCGACGUCCCUCGCGCCGGAUGACAUCGCUGCCCCGCUUGAUGAGGAACAGCUAGAAAUGGCUAACUCGGCUGCCUUCAUCGAAGAACAGUACGGCCACUUUAUCGACACGGUCCUGGUGAAAGAAGACCUCCAUAGUGCCUGCAGCCAGUUGAAAACCAUAUUGGAGAAACUAAACACAGACUCCUUUUGGGUGCCGGUAUCGUGGGUCAGAUUAUAGUCAGCAAUGCUGUGCCAAAUUAGAAGUGAUUCCUGUUUGCUAAUAUGCUGUAAAUAUA